UUUCUUAUAUAAAUAAUUUGAAUAUAUAUUCCAGCAUUUACAAAAAGUACUCGAGUAAAUAGUCAAGAUUAUGAAGUUAAAUUGGUAGACACAGCAGGUCAAGAUGAAUAUAGUAUAUUUCCAACACAGUAUUCUAUGGACAUUCAUGGUUAUGUCUUAGUAUAUAGCAUAACCAGUGCUAAGAGUUUUGAAGUUGUACAAAUUAUUUAUGACAAGUUAUUGGAUAUAACAGGAAAAGUCCAUGUUCCAAUUGUAUUAGUAGGAAAUAAAACAGAUUUAUAUGUUGACCGAAUGAUAACAACAGAACAAGGCAAACGAUUGGCAGAUUCUUGGCAUGCAGCUUUCUUAGAAACAAGUGCAAAACAAAACGAGUCUGUUGCAGAUAUUUUUCAUACACUAUUAAUUGAAAUUGAAAAAGCAGAUGGAAAUGUACAAGAAAAAUCAAAUUGCAUUAUUUCUUGAACUAUAUUGCUAAAAGCAUACAUUAUAAUAUAAUGUAAAUGUAUAAAACCAAAUAACAAAAUUGGCAUUGUAUUAAUAUACGUCCAAAAACAAAUUAAGUGUAAAAAUAUCAAAAAUAUAAAAUAGAAUAUGUAAAACAAUUGUCUCUUUUUGUCAUAUAAAUCAAAA